AUGGUGGUGGAGGUUGAAGAGGGAAAGGUGGAAGGAAGGAAAGCGCUGGUGGGGAUAGUGGCCUCCCCGAUGUCCGCUGUGGCUCCCCCGCUCCACACGUACAGGUCCCGCCGCGGUCGUCGCCUUCGCUGCCGGGAAGAGUUGGCAACACGGCAGGGGGAGGCGCAGCCGGCGCAGGCGAGCUCGUCGGCGCGCGCGCCCGCGCCCGCCCGGCCCCGCGCGCGCCCGCGCCCGCCGCUGCUCCGCGGGCCGAGCGGCCGUACCAUCAGGUUGGAGGAGUUCAGAGCGGAGGUUCAACGCCGCGACCAAGAGAUCCUGGCCAUGUCCGCGAAGAUGAAGACCUUGGAGGAACAACACACCGAUUACCAGCGCCACAUCGCGGUGCUGAAGGAGUCGCUGUGCGCCAAGGAGGAGCACUACAACAUGCUGCAGGCUGACGUCGUCCGCACAUUGAACAUCGCCCUCGAGGGGAAACAAAACGGCAUACGAUCGGGCGAAACGACGUGUGACGGUUUGGCGCUAAUGGACGUAAUGUCAUGUCGAGCGGCGGACGGGGAGGGCGGGCGUGGUGGAGGAGGGGAAAGAGGUCGGAGUGGCGAGUCGGCGCGGGAGGAGAGGGCCUGGGGGCUAAUAGUUUUGCUCCAUUGA